AUGGAAAUAUCUCUUCCUUUGAUGAUGCUUACCACCAUGGUUAUUAUGGCUAUGCCACUAUCAUUUGUGGUAGAAGGGAACCAACUUUCUUACAACUACUACAAGAAUUCAUGUCCAAACUUGGAAAGUUUGAUCAAGAAAGAAUUGAUGAGGUUAUUCUUGACGGAUAUUACUGCACCAUCAGCAUUUCUCAGACUCAUGUUUCAUGAUUGCCAAGUUCAGGGAUGUGAUGCCUCAAUUUUGUUGGACACAAACUAUGCUACUGACGGCUCUGAAAUGACAUCUUCGAAAAACUUUGGAAUCAGACAUAGGGAAACAAUCGGUUACAUAAAAUCAAUAUUAGAAGAAGAAUGUCCAGGACAGGUGUCUUGUGCUGAUAUUCUUAUAUUAGCUGCUAAGGUAUCAGUAUCAGUCUCUGGAGGACCGCUUAUUCAGGUUCCACUUGGAAGAAAAGAUUCGACAACAUCUAACCCUAAAGAGGCUGAUGUUAAGCUUCCUUCACCAACAAUAACAGUUGAUGAAUUUAUAUCCAUUUUCAAAUCUAAAGGAAUGAGCAUUCAAGAAUCUGUUUCCAUUUUAGGUGCACAUACACUAGGAGUUGGACACUGCUUAAACAUUGUUGGAUCAUUGUAUAAUAAAGAUAUAAGAGACAAUAUGGAUUUGAAGUUUAAAACCUUACUAACACUAGCAUGCCCAACAGAGAUUCCUCUGACAAACCUGACAGUUGUACCUAUUGACAUAACCCCCAUAAUAUUUGACAAUCAAUAUUACCGAGACAUUCUGAGGGGGAAACCUUUGUUUGGUAUUGACUCGAGGAUUACUAGAGAUCCGCGAACUGCACCCUUUGUCAUGAGGUUUGCUAUGGAUCAGAGAUACUUUUUUGAGGCUUUCUCAUCUGCAUUUGUUAAGCUUUCUUCUGCCAAUGUUGUCACAAAUAUGCAGGGUGAAGUCAGGAGAAAAUGCAACCAGGUAAACUGA